UUGGCAGAUGACAACCUUGCUUUUCCGAAAUGAAAUUCAAAAAAUAUUUGAAAGAAAAGCGCGUAUUUGUAGUUUCCGUAUUAAAAACUGGAACUAAAACUCUAUUAGAUUAUUCAGUUUAAUGCUGUUAUAAAAUCGUAAAGAAAGUUCUACAUAAAUUAUUGUUGUGAAAUAUGAAGUGCACAUAGUUAUUAUGUUUUUACAUAGAUUUAACUAAAUUCCCGCAAAAUAUCUUAAGGUCAAAUAUUGUUCUUCAGAAACUAUAUAUAGCAUUUAAGCGUUAAGCAUUUAUUGCAUAAUACGUACAAAAAACUUAACUGAUACAGAAAAAAAUGAUUACAUCAAGAGGGUUUAAAAUCAGCCAAGUGGUGAAUUUAUUCAAAGUUCAAAGUAGAGGGAAAUCAACUUUUAACAGGGGGGUCCAUUUCUUUUUUAAAAAGAAUCUUCUUUUUACGAACAGUAUCACAUCAGGGGGGUUUAUGGUAUUGGGAGAUUUAAUUCAACAAGAAAUUGAAUUUCAUGGAAAUUUAUUGCCCUCAAGAUAUGACUGGGCAAGAACUGCAAGAAUGUUUAUAAUUGGGACAUGCAUGGGUCCUCUACAUCAUUUCUACUAUAUUUAUUUGGAUAAGUUUCUACCUCAUACUGACUUAAAAACAGUGGGAAAAAAGAUAUUAAAUGACCAGUUAUUAGCUUCCCCAGCUACAAUUCUAUGUUUCUUUUAUGGCCUGGGAUUUUUAGAGGGGAAGAAAAUUUCAGAAAGCACAGAAGAAAUCAAAGAAAAAAUGGCAUAUGUAUAUAUUGGUGACUGCUUAUUUUGGCCUCCCAUUCAGUUCAUAAACUUUUACUAUUUGCCAACACAAUACAGGGUAUUUUAUAUAAAUAUUGCAACCAUGGUUUAUAAUGUUUUUCUGUCAUUUAUGAAACAUUAUGAUCAACCGAAAAAGAUCUGACGUUGGAAAAUUUUCUAGUAUUAAUUUUGUUAGUAUUAUUAUUUGUGACGAGAAACAGGUAUAGCUCAAAUAUAGAAUAUUAUUUAUUUACCAAGUUGUAAUAUGAAAUUGUUUUUUUUUUGUUAUAUCAAUUAUGAAAUAUUUAUUGAAUGUUUAUUUUAUUCCUAAAAAUUAUUGUUUUUUUUACACAUCAACUAAGAUUUUACUUUUGUAAUGAAAUGAAAAAGUAUAUUUUACAUCAUAACUACAUUCAAAUUCAAUAGUCUAAUGAAUUGUUAGUAAAAGCAUUAAGAAGUGUUUUAGUGUGACUGUAAACAUAACUAUGUAAUGCUAAUUGCUUUACUUCAACCUUGAAAUUAUCUUGACUUGAUCCAAAUGGCCUUGCUAAUAAGCCAACUUCAAAGCAGUACAAAUUGAGUAAAGUAUUAUUUAUUUUCUUAUUAGCUUAAGCAUAUACCUACAUAUUUCUGUAAAAUAAAAUGUUUUUAAAAAUA